GUCUUCUCUGGUGAACCAAAACUGCUUUGUCAACCAGCCUACAGAAAUACGAAUAAAAAACAGAACUCAUACAUCUUCGGUAUUCCUUUGCUCUGAAGGCCCACCUAAGAUAUGAGCCUUGUUCUUCGCUGCACCAAAAGCAAGAGAAACCCUCGUUUUCUGAGUGGCGUCGACCGGCGCCACUGGCUCCGUGGCCCCGCGAAAACAUCUACGCGCUACAGAUCUAAUAUCAGAAAUCUCCCAAAAGGUACCACGCCACCAAUAGUUCCCCCACUACAAAUCCACCAUGGCCGAGGCUCUCGAAAUCCAAUUUGUCAAGAAUGAAAUCGAGUUCAAUAGACUUCUCACUGAGAAAAAGUACCUCAUGGUCAACUUUACUGCGUCCUGGUGCGGGCCGUGCCAGGCGUCCAAGCCGACGGUAGAUGGAAUGUACCAACACCCCAAAUACAAGAAAAUCGAGUUUUUGCGAGUCGACAUCGACUCUUGCCAGGCCGUGGCUCGCAAAUACGAAAUCUCCUCGGUGCCCACGUUCUUGUUUUUCGAAAGCCUGAAAGAAACCGAGCGCGUGCGUGGAUUUUCUCCAAAGGUCAAAGAGGCGUUGGAUGCCUUGGCCGAAAAAGCGAAUACGGACCACUCGGUGGUUGAUAGGGAAAACCAACAGGCUUCCGGGCUUCUGGGUUCAGGCGCAGAGUACCGGAAAGAAAUUGCCAAGUUUAUUCCGAAGGGCUUUGAAGUGGUCAAUGACGCGAUUCAUUUUGGUGAACUAGUGGCACUCAACAUCAUGCCGUUGUACAAGAAGACGUCCGACGUCAAGCUCUUGUUCAAGCCUGCGAGCGAAAACACCACUGUCUACAGUGACGCAGACUCGCAAGCGUUGUUUUUCGUGCCGUUGAAUCAUAUCUGUAAGGUCUACUCGAUACUCGUCAAGAUUUCCAAGCCGGCAGCCCUGGAGUCCACCGAAUUGGAUCUGGACGAGCUAGCUGAUGAAUCACAGAGUCCUGCGCUUGUCAAGGUUUGGGCAAACAAGCCAUCCAUCUUAUCGUUCGAGGAUUGCACCGGGUCUGACGCUCUCCAUGAAGAGCGUUUGAAGCCUGAUCUCGAGCCAGGCUGGCAUGAGAUCAAGCUCCGGUACGUGCGGUUCCAGAGUGUACAGAACCUCAACAUAUUUGUCGAGGGUGCCGAUGAGGAUGCUCAUACGAUCAUCGAUAAGGUGGUUAUAGUGGGUCUUACUGGCGAAAGCAUGGAGCACACGGCCAUUCAGCAGGAUGAAGAUUAGAGACGAAGCUGGUUGCGAUUAUGGUACUGAAACAGAUCUGCUGGCACUGAUGCAGUAUAUCAGAUGUUGGAAGCUUAUCUGCUUCUAGGUAGUGUGGGGCUUGAAAGCAUGUUGCUCUCGGAAGCCAGAAGUAAGAAUAUAUAUUGGUAUUUUUCUGGCGCACGCUUCUGUGGAAGUGUUUCCAGUAGAUUUUCUGUGUAAGGGUGGCGGAUGUUAUUUGAGAUCUUCCCUCCAUUUUUACAUGCCCUGCGCCUCUCUCAGCUAUGAAUAACUCAUGCAAGUACCUGGAGCCACAUAGUAUAGAUACGAAAAGAAACUAGGUAUCAAAAAGGUGGUUUAUUGUUAUAGUCUUGAUAUGGAUCUCGUACUUCUUCAAUCUUCCAUACCUUUUACCAAGCGGAAAAGCGUGAAUGCCAACGAAUCACUCAUACAUACACAAGAAACUAUGAAGAUCAGUUUCUUUA